UCCGGUAUUACCUCUUCUACUUUCUUUCUUAUCAUUUCUUUGAUUAUCUAAAAAAAAUAUCAGAGAAAUGAUAAUAAUAAUCAUAGUCUUUAUACUUAUGAAAGGGAGCUCAUCUCAGUCCAUCAGCUGGUUCCGAGUUUUCUCCAUUUCCUUUAGUUGUCGUCAGUAUGGUGUUGUGGAGGAGGAUGUGGACACCAUUGGGGUGGAGGUGGCGCUCAACUACACGGGUGUCACCAAUCCUGCCUACAAGUGGACUCUGAUGGACGUUGUGUUUUCUAGAAACAGCAUGAAGAUAAAGAGUCCUUCUAUCUCAGUUGAUUUGGUCCACUGCUCUAGUACAAUAGUCAAAACUAAGGUCAUCUGUCUCAACGUGUCGGACAUCAUGUUGGUCACAUUGCACGUGCCGUCCAGCGCAGAGUUCAACAAGACUACGGUGUUUGUCGUCUGGAAGACUAUCCACAAUAACUUCCUAACUUCCUACCACGAGGAUACGCCCCUGAUCGUCAGACAACAUCUCCAAUCUUUGACCAUGAAUCAAGUUCCAACGGAUUUGAAUAUCCAAACCUAUAUGGUUCCCUACGGGACAACGGUGAAUGUGGUCUACUGCGUCCGCCAAGUUGACCAUUUUAAAUUAAGUAUUUCAGUUGGUAAAAAAGUCAAACAUGUAACCAACGAAGACUGCGUGAGUCAGACAUUUGUUUACCUCCACGUUAACACAGUCUUGCGGCUGUCUUUUGAAGAGACCAAUGGGAUGUGCAAUCGUUCACAUCUUUAUGAGAUCUACUUUGAGCCAAAUAAACUGAGGUCAACGUCAGACUGUGUUCAACUCUCAAGUCAUAGACCAGAGUUUGUGUGGAUUUUGGCAAUUUCUACCUCAAUCUACCCUACGUUGACCUUCAAUGCAAUGAGCUAUUGAAAGGAGACCUACAAUCUACAACAACCUGCAGUCUACGCUGCAAUAUAUUUAAUAGCCAGUUUCAGUGUAACCUGUGGCUUCAGUGUUAUUGGAAGUGUGUCUUAGUAGCCAUCCCGGCAUCACCAAGAUUUCAUGCUUAAAAUAGCCACAGCGUUCAGGCUGGUUUAUGUUGUCUUCUAUAUUAUAGGCUGGCUAGAUUGGAUUCUAAUUCAGACUGAUUAGGUGGUCAACCAGUUCAUACCCAUGCUCUUGUUUCAUUUGUACUUUACACUACUUGUGUCAAUCACAGACAAAUAAUUCAUGUCCUAAAAGGACCAAUCCAGUAUGUUAAUAAAAUGUAUUGAAGACGA